UAGGAUGCCAAUGGCGGGGCAACGAGACAACAACUUGCCACCAACGCCAUCGCGCGCACGCGCGCAUGCCCGACCUCACGAUGUCCCCCGGCCUCCACCUCUCCUCUUGAAGGGCCAAGAAGCAGCCGCCUGUAAUGUGGUUGUCGUGGGUCCGCCGGAGCAAGACCUCCGGGCGGCUCACGCAGUCGCCGUCCUUCUCAGCGCCCACGGUUUCGUCGCCCACCGGCAAGGACCACCCGGGCAUCGGCGCUGUCCUCGAUGACGACGCAGCGGUCGGCUCCGGCGACGGCGCCGGCGCAGGCAGCAAGAUCGUCCUCCACCGCGCGCGGUCGGCGUCCAGGCUGCGGGCGUGCAAGUCGUUCGCAGCGGCCGCGGAGGCCGCGGCAGCCUCCGUGGCGGGGGAGCGCCACGUUGUGCUUUACUUCACCUCCCUCCACGCCGUGCGCGCCACGUUCGAGGGCUGCCUCACCGUGCGCACCAUCCUGCGGGGGCUCCGCGUCUCCGUCGACGAGCGGGACGUGUCCAUGGACGCCGCCUACCUCGCCGAGCUCUGCGCGCUGAUGCGGCGGGACCGCCCGUCCCUGCCGCAACUCUUCGUCGGCGGAAGGCUCCUCGGGGACGCCGAAGAGGUGCUCCUCCUGCACGAGAGCGGGGAGCUCCGGCGCGUCCUGGCCAGCGCGGUGCAGGCGGCGCCCGCGCCAUGCGCGUCGUGCGGAGGCUCGCGGUUCGUGCCGUGCGGCGCCUGUUGCGGCAGCCACCGACGGUUCAGCGACAAGACCGGCGGUUUCCGCGUCUGCACGUCCUGCAAUGAGAAUGGGCUUGUCCGGUGUGCCGCCUGCUCCUCCGGCAGCUGACGUGCACAGAUGAGAUCAAUAUCAUCCCAUCAUCAAAGAGAUUGAAGACGAACUGCGGACGAAUUCCUACAUCACUUGUGCCGCGCUGGAGAAGGUCUCGAUUCAUCAAACCAAAACGUGUUCCCCAGCUGGAAUUGUUCUAUCAGAGUAAUUGUGUGUUUCUGAGCGCGUAGCCAAUGUUCAUGGUUAGAAACAUCAAGGAAUAAGUCCACUUUGGACUCCCUCCAGAGAUUUUUGUUGUCUAAUGGAAAUGGUGCUCGCAAGUUUCCUGAUCCAACGCUAUCGAGGAAAGUGGAUUACAUAGUCAUGGAUACAAAUUUAUUUGCUCCCUUCAUUCCAAACUGCAAGUUAUUUUGAUUUUCUUAGAUUCAUAAUAAUUAUGUUCUUCUGAUUCUUUUAAUCCACAGUUCUUACUAUGUAUCUAGACAUACAUAAUGUAUCUAGCUACAUCAA